AUCCCGAUUAAAUCCAUAACCUCCAAUUUCUGAAGGUUCCUGGAACAAUACUAACAGGCAAAGUGAAACAAUUACCCCAAGAAUGUUGCAUUUGUACAUUUCCUUUGGGAAUCAGUAUAGUAAAUCAUAGUUCAUGAAUAUAAGAUAAUUAAAUGAUUAUCAUACCUUUGUGUUUGCAACAAAUAAUAUGCAUUGUGUUCGAUUGUGUGUGGUUAUAUACAUACAUAUAUGUAGAUAUAAUCACAGCAGGUGUAAACUAUUGAUUGACGAUAAACUAGGCUCAUGUGCACUGUGUCACUGCUCAAAAUUACGGACACGUAUUAAUUUAAGUAACCCACGGUAACCAGUUGAGCCAUAACAAAUGACUUCUCAUCUUUGUUAUCUAUUACGAGGAACUUAAAUAAUAUUUUACAAUCAACUAGUGAAGCUAAUAGAACUGGAGAAAAAAUAAAAUCGAAAUUGAAUUAAUACAUUUGUUUAAUAAAAGUUAAAAGUUAAAAAAUAUCGUUAUGAAGCAUCAACAAGUUGUUGUGGAUUACUGGAAUAUGAUAAAGACCUCGUUUACAUGUUUGCUAUUGGCCUUCUCCGGUUAUAUUUUAAUCAAAAUGGUUCAAACCAUAUUUUGGUUACCUGGCUAUUUACAGAAGAAUCAGAAACGUUUAGAAGAGUUAGCAGCGCAGUACAAUUUAGAACUGGACGGUGAUAAAAGUCUUACUGACGUGUUGAAAGCACAAAUAGAAGCCACUUUAGAGGAAAAACAAACGUUGACAAAUGAAGAAAGUGUUGAGGAUAAGAGCAACAAUGCGUUGGUGGUUACGGCGAAUGUGGAAGGCGAGCCCAAAAAACAAAAAUAAAUGUAUUUAAUAUAACUAUAAACUUUUUAUUACAACUUUAUAUUACAUUAUUU